AUGUACGGAUGUCCCAAGUGUGCUUGGCUACUGCAUUGGGAAGAUCCCCUGAUGGCAUGCCCGGCAUCAUCAUCACCGGAAUCAAUCUCUUUUGGUGACUGGUACCAUCAUGAGCAACAAACAGUAGCCCCAGCUGAUGAGUUGAAGAACAGAUGUCUCUUGAGCCCUUUCAACCACACAGCUGCAAGCCCACGAUACUAUGCUACAUCCAAGUUGGUUGCCAGUGUGGAGGAGCUGCAGGCAACUAUCAACACUGCUCGAAGAGAUGGACAGGUGGUAAGAGUUGUUGGUGCCGGCUGGAGUGACCGAGAUCACUUUGCAGCAAACAAUCGAACCAUGUACAUCUCUUUGGUUGGACCCAAGCUUCAGGGCUAUCAAAAAUUGGAAGAAGUUGGACCCCAAGAACGCCCAUUGGUUGUGGCUGGUGCUGGAAUUUUCAUUGGUGGCCAGCAGUGGUUAUCGGGCUCCUUGCAAGUGCAAUGGGAAGAUUCCUUAGUUCACAAGCUUUGGCUGGAUGGCCUGGCCUUGACAAGCAUCCCUGAUGCCAUCGGAAUGACAUUGGGUGGACUCCUGAGCACGGGAUCUGAUGGAUGGUCUUUCAUUGAUGACAUGGACUCAGCUGGUACUCCUUUUGAGGGCAGUAGCAACACCAUCAGUAGCUCUGUAUGGGCUUUCGGUACAUUGAUGGGAUGGGCCAACUCAGGGAAGCUGGAAGAAUUCAACUGA